CGCAAGACAUGUCCCGACAGCAGCGGUGCCUGGAGGGAUCUAGAGUGCUCACCUGCACGUCGGGCGCACGGCAGGCGCAUCAAGGCCCCUCAGGGUCCCGUACAUCCAAGCCCACAAAUGGGAACGCGAGGCCCGAGCCGCGUGCGCUUCACGUGUUCGGCCCAGGCACUGUGCGCCCACAGAGUCGGCGCCCAUCUCCAUCUGUCUGCGGCUCUGGGUGCAGGUGCGCGGCGUGGCUUCGCCACUCGAUAUCGUACUGACUCGCCCCACGAUUCCGUCAGGCCCACUGGCCCAGCAAGCGCGCAAGUGCCGAACAUGUCGCGAUGGCCGGAGAGAUGAUUGCGCUCAUCCCAUUGCAGCUGCUCUGCCAUCUUAAAUAGAGUGGGAGUCGCAAAAAUGGAGCUUUUCCUGCCGAGCACAAGAUCGUCUUUGCCUCCAGCAGCAUCUCCAGCAGGCCGUCCUUCAGCAUGCUGGCACCUCUCGUCCUCUCUUUGGCCGCUGUGCUCGUGAGAGCCCAAGAGCCCGUGCCUUCUGUCCCUGCGUCCAUCUCUUCCGCAGUUGCUCCUGCUGCGACUGAGGUGCCUGCAGACUCCACCGAUGCGGGCGUGCCAUUGUUUGAGGAGGAAACGACUCAGUUGACGGACGCUGUGGUCGCUGACAUUGUCAACACCCCGGAGAUCGAGGAAUACGCCCAUCUCUUCGCCUUCGAGAACACCACAACGCAAUUGUCCGAGCGCGCCAAACGCCAGCGCCGCCUGGCCAAGUGCAAGUCUGCGCCUGGAGAUUUAUUGUACCCUGCCAAGCUUGUCUGGGGCAUCUUUGAUCUCCUGCUUGGUGGGGCAUUGGAGCCAAUUGUCCCGCUUGCCUCGUACUGCUACAAGGACUCCGAGUUCGACAACUACAACGCCGACAAGUGCGCUGCUGUUACCGCCGGUUGGACAACCGGUGAGCUCCAUUACAAUGACCCCGGCUCCAUGAUGUUUCCGCUGUACACUGGUCCCACAUGCCUGCUUCCUGGCGACGUUGCAUCGCACGGCAACUGCACCCAGGGCGGCUAUUCUGCGUACUCUGUCCAUGUGACCAAUGUGGCUCAAAUUCAGUUGGCUGUCAACUUUGCACGUAGCUCGAACCUCCGCCUCGUGGUCAAGAACACUGGCCACGAUUACAAUGGAAGGUCGACCGGAAGAGGCGCAUUGAGCCUGUGGACGCACAACUUGAAGGGAAUCCAGUACAUCAACAACUACAAGAGCUCCACCUACAGCGGUCCUGUUUUCAAGGUGGGAGCUGGUGUGCAGGGCUACGAGCUGUACCAGGCUGCCGACAAGUAUGGCGUGUCUGCUGUUGCGGGCAUCUGUCCUACCGUCGGCGUAUUUGGUGGCUAUUCUGCCAACGGAGGCCACUCCCCGUUGAUGCAGCUUUUCGGAAUGGGUUCCGACCAGGUUCUGGCCCUCGAGGUCGUGACUGCUAGUGGUCUCUUCAUCACUGCGACGCCGACGGUCAACAGCGACUUGUACUGGGCUCUGCUCGGCGGUGGCGGCGGAACCUUCGGCAUCGUUACCUCAGCUGUCGUCAAGGUCCACGAAAAAGUUCCCGUGACGGUCGCUACCUGGAGCUUCAAUUCCUUCAUGACUGGUCCCGAGCCAUUCUGGGAGGCGCUCAAGUUCUUCUGGGACGAGAUCCCCAACUACAACGCGAACAAGACCUACUCGUACGGUACCAUCAUCAAUGCCGGUGUCGGCUACCUGUACACCAUGGCCCCUUUUUUCGCGACCAAGAAGACCGUCGCCGAGACCAACGCUAUCCUGAAGCCCUUCUUCGACAAACUGACCGCACUUGGCAUCCAAUACGAGUUCAACGCCACAUACUACGACACCUUCUACCCCGCCUACCAAGCCAGCUGGUCCGACGACGACUUCCACAUCGGCAGCACCGCCGGCACCCCCGGCGUCCGCCUCGUCCCCACCGACAACUGGGCGACCGAGACUCUGCGCAACCAGACGUGGUCCGCGAUCCGCGGCGCCAUCGACACAGCCCCCGUCAUCACAAUCUACAACCAGCGGCCCGCGACCCAGGACAAGAUCAUCAACAGCGUCAACCCGGCCUUCCGCAAGGAAGAAGCCAUGGUGCUCAUGAUCAAUGGGGUUGCGGACCCAUCCACCGCGGCGGGACUCAAGCAGGCCGCGGAUGACUUCGCGAACAAGAUCAUGGGGCCCCUGAGGAAGGUGACGCCGAAUGGGGGCGAGUACGGCAACGAGGCGGAUCCGUGGAACACCAACUGGAAGCAAGACUUCUGGGGCGACAACUACGCGCAGCUGGCGACGCUCAAAAAGAAGUGGGAUCCCACGGGCUUGUUCUACGUGCACCACGGCGUAGGCAGCGACGAGUGGGUGGUCGACGACGGCGACCGCGGGAUCCCGACGCAAGAUGGGCGGCUGUGCCGGGUCUAAGACUCGGUUGCUUGGAGCGGAAAAGUUUGCCUUCUUUUGUAGAUAUCUUUGACAAUACACAUCUCUUAAUCAAGUCAAGUAGCUUGGUCCAC